AUGGCUCCAAACACCUCCAGAAAGCAAAAGAUCACCAAGACCUUCACCGUCGACGUCUCGUCUCCAACUGAGAACGGUGUGUUCGACCCAGCUUCCUACGCCAAGUACUUGGUGGAGCACAUCAAGGUUGACGGCCACUUGGGCAACUUGGGCAACGCCAUCACUGUUGAGGAGAACGGCACUACUGUGACCAUUGUGUCCACUGCCAAGUUCUCUGGUAAGUACUUGAAGUACUUGACCAAGAAGUACUUGAAGAAGAACCAGUUGAGAGACUGGAUCAGAUUCGUCUCUAGCAAGACCAAUGAGUACAAGUUGACCUUCUACCAGGUCACUCCAGAGGAUGAGGAGGACGAGGAAUAA